AUGCUACGCCAUUGCCAUUUGAUCGACUUACCAAGUACCAGCUCAGCUAGUACUGAUGGCUUCGAGGAAAUACGCACGGCUGCGAGGGUGAAGAGCGACGGCAGUGUCAGCGUUCGAGAGGAGUACCAUUUUAGGAGGGUUCAUUCUAAUGGACGAGUUGACGAAGAAACGCGCACGUACAGAGUGGAGAUGCGGAGGGUCGAUGCAUCCCUGGAGAAGCGAGCACAGUUUACCAACCUUACGGGGGCUAAUACGGACGAGGACGGCAAGGUAAGGAAGGUCGGCGCGGCGAAGGUCGACGAGGCGAAGAGGGACGAUCAUUGGGUCAAGAAGCCUAUUGAAGUCAAAGUGAAUCAUGAUAGUAUGAAGACUCCGAAAAAGGUUGCGAAGCUUGUCAAGCGCGGUGCGGUGAAGAAGGAUGUCAGGUUCAAGAACGACGAGGGAGUCAGUAACGAUGACAGGAACAAGAAGCGAGACGAUGGUAAGAAGGGCGACAAGGAUGUAGAGAAGAGGGGGAAGAACGUGAAGAAAGAGACUAGGAGGUGA